AUGGAGGUCGCCGGACUGGUGCUCACCGUGGUCGGAACGCUGGACAUCUGCAUCAAAUAUGGAACUCAACUUAAGGCCACAUACAAGGCUAUCAAGCACCUGGAAACCGAUGUCGAGGAGAUGUGCGUAACGAUCCUGGGUGCACUGCUGAAAUCCCAGGCACAGCUCGACUCGCUCAAAUCCAUGUGGACAACUCUAGAUCCCAAGCUCCAGGACCAUUUCGCCGACGCAGUAUCGCGACUGAAGCAGAGACUUCUGGGUUCCUUGGGCGAUCUGAAGCAGCUCAAGGAAUACAGUCGAGCGGGAUCGUCGACCCCAGAUAAGCUCAAAGCCGUGUACUUGAAGAAACAUGUCAAGAAGACGGUUUCUGACAUUGAAGAGUGGCAGGCCAGAUUUGAUCCAUCCUGGUAUCUCAUCAGUAGGAUCUCGGAUUCAGUCAUCGAUCGCCAAUUGACGACCGGCCUGUCGCAAGACAAUCCCUCCUCGACGAGACUUGCGCGCAUGAGACAAGCGAUCAGAGAGUCAUCGUCUGAGAGCCCGGGAUCAUCCUCGGUAUUCAAGUCUCCGGAUACGAUCAGCUCGAUCAAAACCAGAAUCGUCGACAUCAACACCUUCACGGCGUCCUAUACCGACGACGGCCGACCCGUCAUCCUCGAUCAGACAAAUUACCUAUCUGCCACCGCUGCAGGGCCCAGGCUUCAAGUUCGCGAUCUAGCAAGGCUCCUCCGCAACGUUAACCACAAAACAUUCAGUCUCCUCCGUUGCAGCGGCGUCAUCGACAUAUCAGACGACACACAGAAGCAAUAUCAAUUCAUCCUAGAAGUCCCGCGAGGUCUCGUCGCGCCAAUGACCUUGCGAAGUCUCCUUCAACACCAGCCCCGAUGCUCCCUAAACCUCCGAUUCCAGCUCGCCAGGCAACUCGCUCGCUCCGUCAUGUUCGUCCAUACCAUCGGGUUCGUACACAAGGGGAUCCGCCCCGAGACGGUCCUCGUGUUCGCCGACGCCCAGGACGCAUCGGAAUACCGACACUCAUACCUCAUCGGGUUCGAGAGGUCCCGUCGUGCCGCAUCACCCACCGACUACGCCGGCGACCUCGAGUGGGAACGCAAUCUGUAUCGACAUCCCGUGCGUCAGGGCCAGUGGCCCGAAGAGCUGUUCGUCAUGCAACAUGACAUCUACAGCCUUGGCGUGUGUCUGCUCGAACUUGCGUUAUGGACGUCAUUUGUUCAGAGUGACCGCGGGGAGGACGGCGACGGCGAUACCAGCGUUCGCCUUCCCUGGCCAGAGCUGGAUAUCGCGUCUGCGCUGGCGGAUAAGGAUUUGCGUCGUGGCGCGUUCGUCGUCAAGGAUCGGCUUGUGGAACUUGCUCAAGAUAGACUCCCGUCGUUAGUGGGGCUGCGGUAUACGGAAGUCACUGUGGCGUGUCUCUGCUGUCUGGAUGAUGGAGAGGAUAAUGUGUUUGGUGGUGAAGUGGACAGGGUCGAUCAGGAUGGGAUUGUGGUAGGGGUUAGGUUUAUUGAGAAGGUAUGA